AUGCAGUUUUCGCGGUUUAUUCCGCGGGCUGCAACUCCUGCUCUCCCUCCAUAUGGCGCUCACGACGCUCAGCCUUCGAUAGAAUCAUCUCGCGGCGCUGCUCCUCCAGAUGCCAUCACACCAUAUCUAGGCCUCAAGGCCCGGCUUUCGCAGGUCUGGAUCAACAAGUGGACGAUUCUCAUUCUUCUCGUGCUCGUCAGACUGCUGAUUGCCGCGGGCUCCCUGGAUCGCAGCAUGGCUUCUGCUGAGCGAGAAGCUCUAUCAGCCUGUACUAGUGUUGAGUCUAUGGGAAGUGCUAUGGCUUCGAUGCCUCACUACAUGUCCAAGGGUGUCAACGAACUCACCGCUUCGGGGGUGGAGAAGGCAGUUAACGGGCUGAUGUCGAUGUUAUCCCUCACUGUUACUGGCGUGGAAGAAAUAGUUCUCUUCGUCAUCCACGUCUUGACCAGCACCUAUCUUUGCCUUAUAACCCUUGCGGUUCGUGGUAGCUUACAUGUUGCCUUGAAAAUCAUCGAAGACGCAACAGAUUUCCUAAACAAGACCCUCCACGACAUCGGAUCUGGAAUCAGCAAGGGAGUCGACGGCUUCCAAAAGGAUAUGAACGAGUUUAUCAAGGGAAUCAACACCGUUACUAGUAUCUUCGGCGGUGACACUAAGAUUCCCUCCCUCGAUAUUUCCGGCGAUAUCAACAAGCUUAACGACCUCAAACUACCAUCUUCUAUCAACGAAGGAUUAGACAAAAUCAACGCCUCCAUACCCACAUUUGACGAGGUCCAAGACAUGGCCGAUAGUGUCAUUCGAAAGCCCUUUGAGUUGGUGAAGAAGCUUAUCAACGAAACUAUGGUUGAAUACAAUUUCGAUCGUACUCUCUUCCCAGUGCCGGAAAGGGAAGUACUUGAUUUCUGCACCAAGGAUGACGGGAUCGGCAAGUUCUUCGAUGGCUUGAAAGUGGUCAUUAGUACUGCUCAGAAGAUCUUCAUCGGUGUUCUUGUCGUCGCUGCAAUUGCUGCUUGCGCCCCGAUGACUUGGAGAGAAAUCCGUCGAUACCGCCUCAUGAAAGAACGCUCCCUCUUGAUACGGAAAGACGCUCACGAUCCCAUGGAUGUGGUUUACAUUAUUUCUCGACCUUAUACCUCCACCGGUGGAUUGAAAGUUUCUAGCUGGUUUAAGUCUGGACGCCAACAGGUUCUCGUCCGCUGGGUGAUUGCGUACGUGACAUCGCCAGCGGCUCUGUUUCUCCUCUCGCUGGGAAUAGCUGGACUUUUCGCUUGUCUGUGUCAAUACAUCCUCCUCCAGGCAGUUAAGAAGGAAGUGCCCGCUCUCACCGGCCAAGUCAGCCAGUUUGCUGACAAAGUUGUCAACUCGCUCAACAAUGCAUCCAAACAAUGGGCCAUCGGUACUAACGGUGUCAUCGACCAUACAAACAACGACAUUAACCAGAAGGUUCUGGGAUGGGUCAAUCAGACCACCGGCCCUGUAAACGAAACCCUCAAUGUUUUCGUCGAGAAGACCAGCGACGCCAUCGACAAGGCCUUUGGUGACACAAUCCUCCACGACCCUAUCCAAGAUGUCCUCCACUGUCUCAUUGGACUUAAGAUUGAAGGCAUCCAGAAAGCUCUUACCUGGGUAUCCAACCACGCACACGUUAACUUCCCUCACGUUCGUGAGGAUAUGUUCUCGCUUGGCGCCAUCCAGAGUAUAUCCAACGACAACGCAACGAACCCAGACAGCUUCCUCGCCAACCCAGGAGACAAGACAGCCGAUAAAAUCAGUUCUGUUGUCGUUCGCGUAACCGAAGCCGUGGAGUCGGGAAUUAGGACAGAGGCACUCAUCUCUGCUGCUCUUAUCGGUCUUUGGUUCAUCCUCUUGCUUAUCGCCCUCAUUCGCGUGCUCACCCUGGCCUGGCGCCGGGAUAGAGUACGUGGCGAUGGCGGAAUUGACGCAACUUACCACCCUCCCGCGAUCGGUACCCGUGCCGUCCCAAACGUCGAACUGAAUAACUUCCAUGAUGUUCCGCUAAACAGUCCUGCAAUCGGAGGUGAUGGCGCAGGCAUGGCUCUCGGUGCCGCACCCAAAUAUAGCGCUACACCAAACGUUGCCACAACCCUAUACCCGACAGCAACGAGCAAUGAGGCAGAUUACCAGGCUCAGAAGCUUGGGUAUGCAGGACAGAGAGAUUACGAAAUGGCAUUGCAGAAAGAUAUGAGGACGAGCAGCUAUGGCCAGGUCGAAUACGGGACGGAUGUGAAACACGGCUAA